AUGGCGCGACACCAUUUUAGGAAAAUCAGCAUUACUUCUUGCAGAUUAACAGAAAAUGACAGAGAAGACUGUGUUAGUUUUUGUCCCAAAAACUGCCAUCAAACUGAAACGUGUUUAAAUGAAAACUUUACCUGUCCUAAGUGCAAUCCUGGAUGGAAAGGAUCUCAUUGCACUCAAGUCGUUACUUGUAAAAGACCGGAUGUAGCAAAAAGAAAUUUGUCCAUCUCUCCUGAUUAUUCCUCAUAUGAAUUCAACACAACAAUACAUUUUACAUGUCCCGAAGGAUUUAUAAUCCGGGGAUAUACACAAGCAGUUUGUGGACCAGAGGGGAUCUUCAUUAAUAAUAAUCGUUCUGUAUACAUGCAUCCAUCAUGCGAAGCUAUAACUUGUUCCAGUGCUGACAAUCUAUCGGAUAUAAUAAAGACUCCUUCAAAGCUAAAGUUUAACUACCAUGAGAGGAUAAACUUUUCUUGUGCAAGUGGAUACUCUCUACAAAAACCAACAACAGCUGUGUGCGAAAAGUACGGGCUCCGAUAUACAGAUGGAUCUCCGAAUUGUAUAGGUAAAAUGUGUAAUACAUAAAGUUCUUUUGUCUAUUUUAUCGCGUUUACUAACUCUUUAUCUUUCAA